UGCGCUUUGUCUUUAUUUGUAAACAGAUAUAUUAAAGAAUUAUAUCCCAGUUACAAUGCACUAAUAAGAUUACCUUUAAUUGAUCUAUUUACUAUAUCUAUAUUGUAAAAAUUAUAUUAUUCGAUAUAUAUGAAAAUAUAUUUUCAAUAAUUUAGUGAACAACUUGUUUAUGUGUGACAUGCUUUGGUUUAACAAAACCAACCAACCGUUUUGUAUAUAUUCUCACAUGUAAUAGAAUUAUAAAUAUUUUUAAACGGUCAUGGAAAAUCGAAUUCAUGAGGAAUUAAUUAUAAAAGAAGAAGAAAACGGAGAGGAGGAAUAUGAAUCUUCAGGAAGUAAAAAAGAAGGAACGACAAGAGAUAAUACUGAAACAGCAAUAGGUAUACGACCAAGGCCUUUGAUAUAUAAACCAGAUAAUGCGAGUAUAGGGUGUAGGUCAGAGCCAAUAGAAAGGAAGUGGCAUUGGGCACCCGGUGCAUGGCAGGAUGCAACCAGAACCAGUGCAUUUCAACCAUAUAAGCCACCAACUUUGUUAACUAACUUACAAAGAGGUAAUACACGUACAAAAAUACCUCAACUCUAUGGAAGAACAGAUAUUACUUUUCAUACAUUAGCUGGUCAAGGAGAACUUACACCUGAAAGCAUACAACCAGGAUCGGUAGAUCUUACAGAUGAGAAAGGUUUAACAGGUCUUAUGUGGGCUGCAGGAUAUGGACAAUUAGGUAGCGCAAGGCAAUUGUUAAAAGCUGGCGCGAACAAAAAUUAUCGUGGUCAUAAUGGAGAGACUCCUUUACAUUUAGCUGCCGCUUACGGUCAUCACGAUCUUGUAAAGUUACUUUUAAAUCAUGGCGCUGAUUCAAAUGCAAGCGAUGAGGAAGGAAACACGCCUCUUAUUUAUGGAGCACAUGGUGAUCAUCCACAUGUUUGUUACGAACUUUUGUCUAGAGGAGCAGAUAUUACACAUCGUAAUGUACACAAUAUAAGUGCAUACCAAGCUGCAAUAAUAAAUAAUUCGUUAACUGCUAAGGCAGUUAUCGAAAACUAUCUAUUGCAACAAGUAGUAAGUGUACCAUCUGAUAUAUUGCAAUAACCUGUUAAUUAUAUAUUAUUGUUUAAAUAUUUUUAAACGUUAUGUAAAUAUUAUCAUUAUUA